AUGACACCUUGUCGCUGGCAAGGUUCUUCACACAAAAAAUAUUGUAAAGUUCUGGCGCGUACUAUCUUGGGACUAAUAAUUUAGAAUAUGCUUUAUCUAAAGUAAUUUUCACCACACCCAUGCGAUCGUGCUUACUCUACUUUUCCGAGCCCAGCAUUGUAUUGCUAAAAUAGGUUGAAAUACGGGUAAAAAAAACUAUUGUACAUUCACCCAAGAUUAAGUAAUCAAGACAUAUUGCUAUUCUGGUAACUCCCUGGCUAGACCUCAACAUUAGCUGCUGUUAAUACAUAUAUACUUAUAUUUGUAGAUGCUGAGAAACAAUCAAAAAGCGAACAAGAAAGUCAUGAUGAACUUCUUUCUUUGCAAAGCGGUAAUUCAGAUUCUACUGCUACAUGUUCAAGAGUGGUUCCGGAUCGUCAAUCGAUGACAUCUUCUUCGUCUACACAUACACAUACAACGGGAGUAUAUUAUAAUGAACCUACAGACCAUGUGGACAAUAGUGCAGAUGAAUCCACAUAUAUCCCUUUCCCGCCCCGGUUACCACCACUAACUGUUCCCACUUAUCCUUCCCAAGUGCCAGCUAUGUCCAUUUCGUUGAACACGCCCCACCCCUCCGCCAAUACCACGAAUAACCCCCCGUCUACAACAACCACUCCCCAUCAAGUUCAACAUACCUAUGACGUAACUCAACCACGAUCUGUAGCCGAUUGCAGUCGAACAUCAUAUGGAUAUAAUUCAAGUGUUAAUUUCCCUGCAAGGCCGACAAACCAAGGAAUAGGAAUAUCUUCUGGGCCGACUAACGAUCGCGUAGACAACAUUCACCCAGAGGAGUCUUUGGUAAGUGCUGUGUAUAAUUUAAGCAAUUGAAUAUAACAUUAUAUAAGAAAUUGAAUUUAUUUUUUUAAAAACGUGUGGGUCUAAAAGUUUUGAAUUCGAUUUUUAUUGAAUUCGAUCAAUUGAAAUUUAACUUUUGCUUUGUUGUUUUAUUUGAAGCUCGCAUUAUACGGAUGUUGCGAGUCAGUUAAUGCUCCAGCCCGUGCCUCUCUGCAAUUUUCCCAUGGGUCAAAAUAACAUGCUUGUUCAAGUACACAGCCUAUAUCUUGCGUGUAUAGUUGAGAUGGCACGGCAGAUGAUCGGAACCAACAUUCUGGAGAUUGUAUAGCAUGAAAUAAAGAAAAUUUGUAUCAAUAUCAAGUUGUUCAAUCGGUUGAGGCCUUUUGGUAUGUCCUCAUCUUGCUCCUUAUUCUCGUCGCCCUAGAGAUUCGAGUUAUGGUUAAAUGUAGCCUGAGAGCAGGCGUUUUGGUUGGGGCGAAGUAAACCAAAACGCCUACUCUGCAGGCUAGGUUAAAUGUAAUUAUAGUAAUUGGAGUUGAUGUAUGGAAUCAAUUGAAACCAAAUUUUAAGAAACAUAAAGUUGUAUAACAUUUCAAAAAUGAAUUACUGAAACCGCGGUGAUGAGACCAAUUAUAGUAGCUAUAUUGGCCAAAGAAUUUAAUCAUAUAUUAUGUAGCUAACAUUUUCUUUUUCUUCAUCAUCUUGCUAUAAGUCUAUAUUUAUUCCUGUUUCCUACCUCAAAAUUUUAAAUAUUACAUAUACUAAAAAAAUGAUAUCUUAUAGCGUUAUUACAUUUGAUUUUAAAUGAUUGUGAUGUUAUAUAGGUGAAUUUUAGCAGUAAAAACCAAAGGAAAACAAAUUUAAAAUUCGUCUAAAAUAAUCUGGCGACUUUGAAAGUUAAAACAUUUAUCAAAAUGAGCUUUCUUACCAUAAGUCUUUCCGAUUCUAUUAGGCCCUAUAUCACCUGUACAAACAGUCGUAAUAUAUUUUCAAAAUUGUAUAUCAUUAAUAAUAUACAUGAAAAAAUUAUGCAGAAUCAAAUUCAUAGGUAUAGCACUUGCAUGCAUGAAACACAUGAAAUAAAUCAUUUACUCACUUCACUUGAAUGGCUCAAUAAACUGAUAUUAAACUGUCUUUUGUUUGGGCGCUCGCCACGUGUUUUUUAUUGCACUGAAUUUCCUUUUUUGGCACUAUAUAAAUUGCGAUAAAAUUUCUCUGCUCAUAGCCAAUUAGAAUUGAGUAAUUUCUUUUAUCUGUAUUAUGUUUUUAGGAAUAUUGUACAUGGAAAAAACAAUAAAUAAAAUAAAGAAAUAUAUAAAUUGUAAAUCAUUGUGGAUGGCCCCACGCUUUAAUCUUGACAGCAAUAUUAUGUAUAUUAUUCCAUAUUUUUUUUCCAGACCGGCGACCUUUCGUUGGAUAGGACUGUUCUUUCAAUACGGGAAAAACUUAAGAAGGCAAGGCUAUAGUUGCAAUUUUAGGUCUACACCGUAGAUUGGUCGUGCACCUGUGCAUGCUUAAACCACCCUUCCGGAAAGUACUUAGCCUUGACUUUGCUAUAGAGCCUCGUUUUCGAGAUUGAGAAAUCGGCUUUAAUUUAAGGUGGAUCUCCACCAGACGAUCGUCAAAACAGUUCGCGAUGACACAUGCGCAAUUGAAAAAAGGUUGGAAGAGCGAUCGUCUAGCGCUCGACGAAAACUAGGAUUGACUUCUACUUUUCUCGAGCGCCAGACGAUCGCCAAAUUUUUAACCAAUAAGAUUCUGCGCCGGCUUUUUUUCUUGCUGCUAGUACAUCUCCACUUCUCUCUAAAUCGUCGCGCUCGUCAUAAAAAUCGUCUCAAAAAUUGUCUAGUGGAGAUCCGCCUUUAGAGCAGAUAUAAAGGUCUUUUGUAAUUUCGUAAAAAUAUGUAACACGAUAAAGGACUCUAAAUAGAAUAUCUCAUAUCACGAAAACGAGGAUCUAUAUAUAGUCAAGGCUGAGUAGUUAUUAGAAGGGUGUAUUGCACGCACUAGACUAUAUCUUAACGCUUUUCCGCAUAUAUUAUCAGGUCAACAAAAGGUCUGUUACCGAGACACAAGUGGCAGUUGGUAACAAAAAGAAAAAACAAAGAAAAAGAAUAUAGCGUAUGCAUGGUGUUGAUUUUGUAUCCAUUGGAAUGCACAAAACGUCCUUGGUAAGCGUUUGUUGCGACCUUUAGGGGCCGAUUACAUGGAGCAUUUUCAACCCCGGGGUUGAACUCAGCCCUGUUUACUGGGUUGAAAUUUCAGCCCUGUCUGUAAUACAAAACUCUAUCAAAAUCAAACACGCGAUUACAUGACAAAAUUUUCAACCCAGGGCUGAGUUCAACCCGGGGUUGAAAU